AUGAAUUUGUUGCCAAAAGCCGCAGAUGAAUUUCGUAGCCGAGAUUAUUGGGAUCAAUUUUUCGAUAAAGUUGGCGGAGAAGCUUUCGAAUGGUAUUCGGAUUUUAUUGAUCUAGCCGAUGUUCUUUGCAAAUAUAUAAAGCCACGUGACGAAGUGUUGAUUAUUGGUUGUGGUAAUUCCACAUUAAGCAGUGAUUUAUACGAUACAGGAAUUGAACACAUUACCAAUGUCGAUCUAUCGGAUAAUGUGAUCAAGAAAAUGAAGAAACAAAAUGACAAACGACGUCCAAACAUGAAAUGGUUGCAGAUGGACGCACGACAAAUGACAUUCGAAGAUAAUCAAUUCAGUGUCGUGUUAGAUAAAGGAACUAUCGAUGCAUUGAUGUCAAAUAAGAGUGAACAAGUACUCUCAGAUAUUGAUCAAAUUCUUGGUCAAAUCGAUCGUGUUCUUCGUUUGACAGGCCGUUUCAUAUGCAUAACACUUGCACAAAAACAUAUUCUUGACCAUAUAUCACAGUAUUUUUUCGAUAGCAAAUCAUGGCUUCUUCGGUAUCAUCAUAUUCAAACAAGUAAAGCAUUUGCAUUGCCCGUCCUCGCAUUUGUUUUCACCAAAAUACCAAUGAAAAAUCCAUUAAUCGAACUUCAGUUGUACAACAGUGCAGAGAACAACUGGCUGCGAUAUCAUGAUUUACCUGAAGCGAUCAGUGCAAUUCAACAAUGUCAAAUGACUUGCUUCAAAAAAUACGAUUUCAAACAGAAAUUCACUCCUGGUAGGGAAACACCGAUUGUCGAUCUGUAUGCCGAAGGAAAUCAAGCGAAGCGUCGAUAUCAAAUGAUUGUUGUCAAUAGCCUAACAAAGUACCGCAAUAAACCAUUUGCUGCCUUCAUCGUUCCUAAAUCCAGAAAUCUAGACUGGCUUUAUUCAACACCAGCUGGCCGACAACAAAUUAUCUCGAAUGCAACCUAUACAACCAUUGCUUUCAUCUAUUUACAACCUGAUGAAGACUAUCGCGAUCUAGAGCAAGUUAAGAGCGAAAUGACUAAUGCUGUAUUGGAUUUUAAACCAGCUAAUUUGCCAGAGAAUGUUCAAAUUCCUUUCUUGUCAUCAUCAGAGGGCAUUGGUCAGGUGAAAGUUUGUGAACAUUCGUCCUCCUUCAUUAUCGAAGAUUGCCUUUGUGGAAAUGAGAAUGAAUGGAAGCGACGAUUACGCUUUGAUGCCAGUCCGAAUCUCAUUCAAAGUGAAAUUGAUUUGACUUUAGAUAAGAAAACCAAUGCCUUGGUUCCGGACUAUUCGAUAUUGGAAAAUGAUUAUCAUGGGAUUAUUGUCGCUUGUUUGAAGACUCAUUUUCUUGCUACAAAGAAAGUUGAACCAAAUGGUAAUUGGUUGUUGGUUGGCCUCGGCGGCGGUGUUCUGACUAUGAAGUUGAUGCGAGCGUUUCCAAAAAUACAUUUGACCGGUGUGGAUAUCGACAGUGAAAUGAUCCGAAUAGCGAAAACUUGGUUCGGCUUGGAUGAUACUCUUUCGACAUGUGUAGUCGCUGAUGGUAUUCAAUUUCUUCAACGUCAAGUCGAAGAAAAAGUGAAAUACGAUGUGAUUAUAUUCGAUGUGAAUAAUAAUGAUAGUCAAAGUCCAUUGCGGUGCCCACAUCCCGCAUUUCUCGAUAAUUCGGUGUUAGAAAAUGUGAAGUGUUUACUUUCCACUCAACCCGGUGUGUUUGUAUUGAAUUUUGCUUCGCGUGAUGACACCAACCAUGAUCGUGAAGAUUGUUUGAAACGUUUGACAACGAAUUUCCAUCACCUAUCAUCGGUCAAGCUCGAUGAUGACAUCAAUGAGAUCAUGUUCGCAAGUGAAGAUAACACAUUGAACGUGGCAACGAAUAAUAAAAAGUUAUCUCAACAGAACUUAUCGUUUAAUUUUGAUCUGGAAGAAUUGUUAUCGAAAGUCAAAAUUGAAAAAUAA